AUGUCCCUCCUUCUCUUCUUCCAGCUACUGCUGGCUUCUUUCGUGGCUGCCCAGACGAACCACAUCAUCCAUGGCUUCGAGUACUACGGCUGCGUCAAUAUCACCUCGGACCAGUUCAGCGCCUUCGUCAACUUCCCCGCAGGCUUCACCCCCGAGCAGUGCGAGUCCGCCUGUACUGGCUUCGACUACGCUGCUGCAUUCCCCGAUGGCUGUCACUGUGGACGCAAUAUCGCCACUCUCCCCAAGGUGGACGAGGCCAUCUGUUCCAAUCCUUGCGGCGGCAAUACCUUCUAUGGCUUCUGCGGCUUCAGCGAUGCAACUUGCAGCUAUGCCAACGUCUACCAGGCCUGCGACGACUUUCCCUCUGACCCCAACACUCCUGCUCCCAGCUCACCUGGCUCUCCUUUCCCUCCCGGUUCGAACCCUCCCAGUGCUGGUCCGCCUGGGUCCAACACGCUCUUUUCCUAUCCUCCGGUCUCCUACUUCUCUACCCUCCCUGCCCCUUCUGCCGAGCCCACCACUUACCUGACCGUUCGUCUUCCGACCGUCACCCGUACCCUCAAGUUGGCCACCAAGUCUACAGAGGUUGUGAUUCACACGGUCCCGCCCGGCGGUCUCUCGACUUCGUGUGCUUGGGAGCAUGACCACACACCUGCCCCCUCUUUGCCUCCCAUCGAAGGUGCACCUACUGGUCCCAUCGUCGUUGUUCAGACCGUCUACGUCCACAAGCCUGCCGACAGCUCUUCCUCACUGCAAGGAUACGACACUGUGCAGGGCGAUCCUCCUGCAGGUACGCUUCAGGGAGUCCCUCCCAUUGCGACUCAGCCUGGUGCGACCACUCUUGUCGUGCCGACUCUCACCGUCGGGGAGACAUCUACUCUCUGGCCGUCUCAGGAUCAGUCAACUAUCACCAUCGCCUAUCCUCCCCAGACAGCCGCGAGUGAAUCUACUCUCUGGCCGCCUCAGGGUCAGUCGACUGUCACGGUUGUCUUCCCUCCCCAGACGGCCGCCACCGAGACUACUCUGUGGCCUCCCCAGGGUCAACCUACGACCUUGGUUCCAUACGCGGAUCCGGCUGACCCCGCAGCAUCUGUUCCGGGCAACGCUGGCAAUGCCACAAUCUCGGCGAGCCGUGAGGUGCCGGAGUUCCGCACCAUCAUGCCGGACGAUCCUCCUGCGUCGGCGACUCAGAUUGUACCUGCUGUCGUAACCACGGCCCAGGCUCACCGCGUCAACGCCGGCGUGGCUGGUGCUAUUGCAAUGGCGUUCAUGGCCGUUGGUAUCUGA